AUGGAAGACCUGCUCAAGGCGCUCCGCAACAUCGGACUAGCUCUGCCGGAUCCAGAGCAACUCCUUCAGCUUUCAAAUCUCGAUAGCGAGGUACAGGACAAUCUUGCUCGUCAUCUUUCUCUCACCCCAGCCAAGAACGACCUUGUUCCGGACGAAAAGGAGGAUCAACGCGAUGACUGCAGCGAAGAACCCACAGAAGACGACGACGACGACGAAGACCCUUUGCUCGAUCCCUUGAUAGAUGCAGACCUCUUCAAAGGUGCUGUACAAGCACUGCUUGAGAACUACAACAAGGCAAUUGACAAAGAGAGAGACUUCCUUCGAAAGGAGAAGGACGCUCUUGCCUUGCCAAAAAAGUUCAAGCCAGUGCCGCUCAAAGCUUUGCUGGCAAGGCAAACGGCAGAGAUCAAGAAGCGCCAAGAAGAGGUCUUCAUUGCUGGACACGACGUAGAAUCGGGACGUAGGCGAAGACGGCUCUAUCUUCCGCGCCAGACUUUCGAUGGCACGGGUAGCUAUGCUUCAGACAGGCCGCUUGAACAGCUGGAACGAAUUGAUGUAGACGAGCUAAGGGCACCUAAACGAUUCGAUGGCCGGUACAUCAUAUGCAUGGUAGCCUCAAGUCUCAAUCUCUAUGUCGGCUGCACUUUCAUCGGUGUGCUUCCUUCCGGUAGCGCAAUCCCAAUCACCAUCGCCCACUUUACCAGCAACCUCCAUCUUAGCAGCUCACAACUAGACUCGCAUCUGCCGGUUGGCACGGUGAUUGCGAUACGUGAGCCUUUUGUCAGUCUCAAUCACUUUGCCAGAGGUGGACCAUGCCAAGCUGGAAAGAGCGUCCCAGGUGUUCGCGUAGACACCCCUACGGAUGUUCACAUUCUCGAUCGAGUCAAUGAGGCGCACGCAAAGCUUCUUGACGAGAUGACCUGGAUGGUUGACGUGGAGAAAAAUUCCGAUGAAUUUUUUGAGGACGUCCACUCGCUGCUCAUCAAUUCUCCAUCGGCUGUCAACAACAGCGGAUGCCGCUGGCUGCAAGAUGGUCCCCUCUCCCGUCUUAUCGCUUCUUCAGAUUCCGAUAGUCUUUGGCGCCAUUUAGAAACGCUUUCGGAGCAUCAGAUGGCAGAACUCAGCAUGCGGACGCGUUCGCUCAUCCAAUCCUUCCUCGGCGACAACCGUCCAGGGGCCGCACACCGCGAACUAUGCGCUGCUCGCUUGCUUGGUCUGCGCCUCUCGAUCUCUACCGACUGCUCGAUAGCAGAAGAUCUCGAGCUUGAAGGCCUCGUUCUGUACAAAAAGUGCGACUUUGAAUCCAGCCGACUCGCCUAUGAAGCAGCUCUCUCGGCUUACCCUGCUUCUCAACGCACAUCAGCGCAAGACCGCAUUCUUGAAACGCUCAACGCUGUUCGAUCCGCAGAAAAAGCAUCUGCUUUAGGUCCCACUCACGAAAACGUCUGGGGUUAUUAUUUUGACUCACAAUCCUACGCCACCCCUCGAUUCGACAUUCAAGACUGGUUCGGCCCUUUGGCUAUCGAAAGUAUCCCAGGUGCAGGCCGUGGGUUGGUUGUCACCCGCGAUGUGGUAGAAGGAGAGCUGCUUUUAUGCUGCAAAGCCGCUGCCUCGAGCUAUUCAGCCGAGGCCGGGUGCAGAGGCGUCUACCUGUUGCGAUCUUCGGUGGAAUCAGGAGUGACCAGCACGACAACUCAGGUUUUGGCAGCAACCAAAAGUAUCCAUGCCAUGGUCGAUAGACCGAGCCAACUCACGCUGCCGAUCAUGGGUUUGACAGCGGGACCUGGAGUCGAGUAUUCCAAGUGGGUCGCGGAACAGUAUCCCGCGCCUCCUCAUCGUACUUACACCAAUGCACAGACGCCAACAGAUCAGGUGGAAUCGCUGGUGCGAGCUUGUUCAUCGCAACUCGAUCUUCAAUCGGACCAGAAGGAAAAGUGGCGCAAAGUGGUACUCGAAGGUUGCACGCGGCCCUCCAUCGACUCGAGCUACGUUGAUGGCGUGCUGCGCUUCAACGCGUUCGGACCAGCAGCCAAUCCAGGCGGCAAAUCGUUUUCCAAUCAAGAACGGCAGCAAGACUCGGAACUGACUCGCUCGACCAUGGUCCAUCCGCUUCCUGCGAUCCUCAACCACGCCUGCCUGCCUAACGUUUCGUCAGUGUUCUUCGGCGACAUUGUGACCACGCGCGCCCUCCAUCCUCUCAAAAAGGGAACUGAGAUCAUGCAUCAAUAUGUCAAAGGCGAACAACCAUGGCUGAUCCGCCGCUCACAACUCUCCAAACACGGAUUCAAAUGCAGCUGCGGCAUCUGUUUGUUAGACGAACGCGAUGGGCAAGACAAAGUGCGAGAACGCGGUCAGAUCAUCGGCGGAUCUCUGCCGAUGUUGCAAGAACGGAGUCGCAUCGUGCUCAAAUCUUCCAUCUCGACGCAACCGCAGCAAGGCAAGCAGGAAGAAGAUCAUCGUGACUUGGCCGAGUCUCUGCGAGAAAUGGUGGAGAAAGUGCAGUCCACAUAUCAUGCUUCCAGAUCCAAGUUGCGUCCGGACCUGAUGAAGGUUUACCAGCUCAAAGCGCUCCAUGAAAGCGAGUACGAUGUGGAUGCUGCAAUUCAGUCGGAGCUCAAGGCGCUCGAAUCGAUUGGUUGCACAAGAGCACAGGAACGCCAAGGCAGAAUACUGAACGAGUUGCCGUCGUUGCACUUUGAUGGAGGGAUCAUGUCGAUGCUCACGCUGGCAAGAUUGACGCUCAAGCAGAACAAGGCGGUUGAGACAAGGAAAUGGGUAGAGCAGGCCUUCUAUACGCAUCAGUGUACGAUUGGUGGUGGGCUGGAUAUCUUUUUGGAUCGAUGGCUUGAGGCUUUCCCUGACCUUCCUUAUCGCGAUUGGCUGCCACGAUGCUAG